GGAGAGGGGAGAGGGAGAGGUUUGUUCAGGUUUGUUCUGAGGUUCGGGAUAGGCCGGGAUUGGGUCGACGGAGAUCAAGGAGGAGGGGACGUCGCAGGAGGGAGUGUGUGCACGCGUCGCCGGUGACGGCAGCCAACCACCAUCGCCUGCCAGCUCAAGGAUAGGAGCAGCGUCAUUGCUAGGGCAUCAUCACCUCCUCCUCCCAAAAUGGCGCCCCAAGGGAGUGAGGCCGUGGAAGACAAUCCUGGACUUUGUGAGAAUCCUGACGAGACAACACAGGACUACAUCAUGCAACAAACGAUGUACAGGAUCAAGGAUCCGAAAGCGUCAUUGGAUUUUUAUUCGCGAGUACUUGGAAUGAGGCUGCUGAAGAGGUUUGAUUUCCCUGAAAUGAAGUUCUCUCUGUACUUCCUGGGUUAUGCGGCUCGCCGUAAGGAAGCCCAGGAUCUGCUGCAGCGGCAUGAGGCCAACAGCAUCGACAGACUCAAGUUCUGGCACUUCGAACCGAACGGCGACGAGGCAACACCGAAAGAGCCGCAUAAGGAGUUCAUGGCCAAGCUCGUGACCAGGUUGGUUUACACUUGUAACCACCUACAGUCCGAGCUAGUGAACCUCCAGCGGGCCGUGCGGAACCAUAAGACUCGGCACGAGGAUGCCACACGGGAACUGGACGCCCGUGUACACGACUUGGAACAAGUUCCACCAAGACCAGAUGCUGGGGCUUCCAGCAGUGCAUCCUCUAGCCGCCAACUGGAGGAACGCGUUGACCACGUAGUGGCAAUGCUAGGAGACACAAGUGCCUUCACAGAGCCGGCCACCAUCAGCCAGCGGUUCGAGCUGUUGGACACCAAGAUCAGUCAGCAACAGCAGACCGACCACAGCCACAACAACAGCUCGGCGAGGCCAUACAAGAUGCCAACGUUCCGGAUCGAGAAAUUUGAUGACUACACACAUCAAGACCCGGUCGUCUGGUGGCAAGGAUUUACAAUGGAGUUGGGGAUUCACGAGGUCCCUGACCAUCUGUUCAUCAGUGCUCUGUUCAUCAACACUAAGGGAGGAUGUCAGAUCUGGCUCAGCCACAUGGCAACCAUCCACGGCGUCCAGGUUUCAGACCUGUACAAGAAGGUCUCCUGGGAGGAUAUGACAAAGGAAUGGAAGAAGCGGUUCAUCGUCGACGACGCCCCGGCGCUCGCCAUCAACCGCAUCUUCACGAUGGCUCAAGGGAGCACACCGACACGUGACUGGCUCACGGAUUGGCAGAAGAUCGAGGCCACGCCCGAUUUGGACUUGCCAUUUCUGCAUCUGCGCCGUGAGUUCUACAACAGGUCAUGUGCCGCUCUCAGCCUCGCACUUGGUGAUCGCGAGCAGUACAGCACUUUCGCAGAGAUCAUCAACAAGGCGAGGGAGAUCAUCAAGACCAACAGGGCAGCUGCACACAAGAAGUCAACGUGGCAGCCAACCUAUGUGGAGAAGGUAAGAACUGGUCCACGACAUCAGUUUGCUGCAGUCCAAUCGGACAGUGGAGAAGACCCGGCAGCCACUCCAGCAUCACGUGAGGGAGAUCAGGUGGCUGCCCUCCAGCCGCGAAGCAACAACAAACCCCGAGUGAACGGGAAGGCGAAAUCAGCAUCGCCGGCCGGAAAUGGACAGCCUGCACCACCAUGGGUCAAGUUCGGCUUGACCGAACCCGAGUACAAGUACCGCGGCCGUUACGACUCCUGCUACUGCCGGAGUUUGGAGGAGCAUGUGGAACACCUGCGCACCGUUUUGGAGUACAAAGCCAACCGCGAUAAGUGUGAAUUCUUGAGGCAGAAGCUGAAGUACUUGGGACACUAUGUGACGCCGAAAGGCAUCCGUCCGCUUGUGGACAAGAUCGAGGCCCUACGAGUAUGGCCCGAGCCCACCAACACCACGGACGUUCGUUCAUUCAUGGGUUUGGCGGGCUACUAUCAGCGAUUCAUCACCGGAUAUUCCAGGAUUGUUGCACCUAUGACGAGGUUACAGUCGCCAAAGGUGCCAUUCGUAUUCGAUGACGACGCACGCCGAUCAUUCCAAGCACUUAAGACGGCUAUGCUUAUGGCACCCGUCCUUAGCAUCUAUGACCCCACACUGCCGACGAGAGUGACUACGGACGCUUCCGACUAUGGCAUUGGGGUGUUGGAACAGCACGACGGCGACGAUUGGCCCCCUGUGGAGUAUUUCAGCCACAAAGUGCCUCCCAUCAACUUGCUUGAUGAUGCAAGGAAGGAGCUGCUCACAGUCGUCAUGACUCUCAAGCGAUGGCGGCACUUCCUCCUUGGGCGUCGUAGGUUCACAUGGGUUACGGACAACAAUCCAUUGACCUACUACAAGACGCAGGAUACGGUGAGCAGCACGAUCGGACGAUGGAUGUACUUCAUCGACCAUGUGCAUUGGGUUGACCGCCUCCCUGACAUCGAGUUCGCCCACAACACUUCGGUGCACCCGGCGAUCGGCGUGACUCCAUUCGAGUUGCAUCAUGGUGGACGGAAAGGCCGGAUCUUCACCGACCUUCUCCUCCCUCGACCAGUCGACAUUGACGCUGCCUGCUCUCCCGCUUCCGUCCGAAAGUACAGGGAAUUGUUGACUCAAGCCCGCGCGAACAUGCAAAAGGCUCGAGUCCGCAUGCAGCAGCAAGCCAACAGGCGUCGCGUACCAUGUCCCAUCCGCGUCGGUGAUCUGGUUUGGGUCUCCGCGGAAGAGUUUGCACUGGAACAGGAUGUUUCACGCAAACUGCUUCCCAAGUGGUUUGGACCUUGGUCUGUGAUAGCAGUCGCGGGCGAUGAGCCCGAUGGCGCUUCAUUUGUGAUCAACAUUCCCGAGCAUAUGACGGUCCAUCUAGUCUUUCACGCCUCGAAGCUGGCAACAUAUACACCAGCUAAGAGCGACGACUUCCCGGGUCGACGAUCACAGGACCCUCCUAUGGAUGGUCAUCAGGAAGUUGACCGCGUCAUCACGGAUCGCAAGUACGGCAUCAAGCCGCACCAGUACAAAGUCACAUUCAUAGCAUGCGAUCCCGACGACACUCGGUGGAUUUCAGGAGCAGAUUUGAAAGCAUCCGCACCACUGCUCUACGCUCACUACAAGCGACAAAGGUUAGCUAAGGGACCUCCACGACCUGCCCCUCCCACCUGGACUGUGGUCCCUCCCUCAGACAGACAGCUUCGCCCUCGCAGGUUCUCGUCGAGGCCGAAUGUGGAGUGCACCAAGGCGCAAAGAUCAGGUCGUCGCGAGAGAGCCUACGUUGCCUUGUUCGAGGAGCCCAGAAUAUGCUUGGAGGUGAAGUUGAAGUGGUCAAUGAAGUACAUCCACCGACAGAUCGUGCUGCUCACCGUGUCUUGCGUCUUGUAAUAAGUCGAAGGAUUGUUGUUCAUUGCCGACGCGAAUCGUCGACGCCCGAGGAGAAAGUGACGCCAAUGUUUAAUUACGGUGAC